CAGGCUCAGCACACACUCUUGGGACCUGCCAAGUACCAACACGUCCAUCCACGAACUCAACACCGACACAGUCGUACCCUGUGCUGCAGUCAGAUCGAAUCCCAGCCAUGCCCGAGUCACCUAGAUUACCAUCGGAUUCAUCCGCAAGCAAACUGCUCCGGAAUGCACCAGUCGAUCUGUUGGGAGGAAUUCUGGUGAACUCGAUCAUAUCAACCAAGUCGAUCUCAGAGUCCUCAAACAACCAGGUUCCUAAGAACGCAAUGAGGGAGAAACCAGCUCUAAGCGUUCCCAUUACUACGCUCAAUUUCAAGAACUUCGUCAGCAAAUGCGGCCCCAUAUUCACCUUCCAAGACGCUGUUGAGGCGAUACUUGGCUGGCAAAAUCCUUCAAAAACGAUAGCUUGUGCAUGCAUGUGGGCAUGGCUAGCUCUCAAUCCAGUCUAUUUUAUUCUGAUACCCAACUUCAUCCUCAUUUGGAUUCUGCUUACAACUCAUGCUCAGAGAUAUCCGAACGGGAUGGGGGAAGAUCUGGGAGCUGAUCCGACAAGUGGGAAACAUAUUUCGGAUGAUCCCGUCGAAGGAUCGCCAGAUUACGUUUCCAAUCUGCAAAACAUUCAAAAUAUGAUGGGAGACGUAACAAACGGAAUAGAUUUUGUCAAGCAACACGUCUUGGUCUAUCUGGAUUGGUCCGACCCGAAGUGCACGUUAAAUAUUCUGCAUGCAGCCGUCAUCUCGUCAGUUGGUCUUGCCUUGAUAGGUCCGUUCAUACCUUGGAGGCUGGUCCUUCUGAUCAGCGGGGAAGCGAUGUUCACCCUCAACCAUCCGUGGAUACAAGUCUGGCUCGCUCAACUUAAAUCAGCUUCUAGUUCCGUGUAACGCUCACCUUCUUCUCCAAAUCUUCCUCUCUCCUUCGCCUAUCUGUUUAUAGAACGUGAGGACGUUGUCAAACAAUAUUGUACACUGACUGUAACGAGAUUUGUAUCUCUUUGAGUAUCUCUAAAAGUUUGUAAAACCAACUCCCACUUCUGAUCAUGUGCGCUUUCCGUUAAGAUAUGCAUCUAAAUCCCAAGGAAUAUAACCAAUGUAAAAACAAACAACUUUU